AUCUUUAGGUGGUUACUUGGGCUAGUCCAGAGGGCAGGGGCCAUUCUCAGCAGCCUCACUAGCCUCAAAUUAAGGCUCUCAACAUCUAAUUUCAAAGUCUCAGACAAAACAGAGUGACAGAGGGAAAAGCCUCUAGGGGCCACUACAGACCAGGAGAGGAGCCUUUUAAGACUCACUCUGUUCUUUCAGGGUGAAAAUGGCCUCUCAGAGGGGUUGAGGAAUCUUAAGAGUAAAUGCUGGGUCAAGAAAAAGAUCAGAAUAUUCUGCAGAGGAUUUCUGAGUGCAGAGCUUGAGGUCUUUAACUCCAUGAGGUGAGAACAUGAGUUGACAAGUUCCAAAUGGUAUGGGCAGGAAGAGUGCGAGGUGCUAAACCGGUAGCUAAUGAAGUUGAGAAGAAAACCCUGAAUGUUCAGGCUUUUACAGAGGCUGAAUGGAUUGCUAAAGCCUGUCAUUUCCUAGGACAACUGACUGAAGUCUGGGUGGUGGCAUCCACAUUCAACCGGAUCUCUGAAAAGAGAGCAGAAGAGCCCAAGGGCCUCACAAGAGGACAGCCCCCAGGCAAGGCCUUCGUGACCACAUCCACACUCUCUGUGGCCAAGAACUCAAGAGGCAGAGGCUUUAUUGCGACAUCACCAAUGAACUGCCGCCACCCGGCCCGUCAAUCUGCCAGGGGCAACCCUGGGAGACCCAGACGCCCCCAGACUUCUAACAACACGACUGCUCCCAGCCAGCCCUCCCGCCCACUCCCUGCCCCCCGGAGCCCUGUGCCACCAACUCCAGUUCCACCAGAAGUCAUGUCAGGUCGUACGGUUGUGAUCAGAAACAUUGACAUGUCGGAAGAGAUGCAGCAAGACGCGGUGGCCUGUGCUUCACAGGCACUAGACCGAUACAGCAUAGAAAAAGAUAUUGCCACUUACAUCAAGAUGGAGUUCGACGAGAAAUAUGGCCCUUUCUGGCACUGCGUCGUGGGCAGAAACUUCGGUAGUUAUGUCACACACGAAAGCAACCAUUUCAUCUACUUCUAUCUGAACCAACUUGCCAUUCUCCUUUUUAAAUCCGGCUAAACCGUAGACUCUCUGCAUGGCCAGACUCCCAGCCGAAAAUAAGAACUGAGGCCUAACUUCCAAACACCAGAAACUACCAUCUUCUGGCCUUGUUGAGGGGACUCCCACAUCUCACAACCUUGACUGUGUUGCUCUGUACGGGGGCGUUUUCUGUACUCUUGGGUCGUAGUUAGUAGUUAGUAAAACAAUCAGCAUCACAGCUUGUUUGUGUUUAUUUUCUAGCCCAUACUUUUCCCCUGCCUCGUGUUUUUUCUUUCCACAAAAUCUUUUCCUUUUAAAAAAAAAUAGUAAAUCUGUUUGAAACGUGUGUGGCGUGUGUUAAAAAUAAGGAAGGGAGGGAGAAUGGGAGGAAGGAAGGAAGAGGGGAGGGAAGGUGGGAGGGAGGGUGAGGGGAGGAGGGAGGGAGGAAGAAAAGGGGAGGGAGGGAGGAAGGGAACUGAGGGAGGGAGGAAGGAAAGGGGAGGGAGGAAUGAAGGAAGGAAGGGAGGGAAGAAAGAAAGAAAGGGAGAGGGAGGGAAGAAAGAAGGGGGAAGGGAGGGACCAAGAGGAAAAGAAAUGGCAGCUCUCCAAAUAGAGAAUCCAUGAGAGAGAGAGAGAGGACUCUUCUUUUGGUUAAAACUGACUCUGUUUUGAAGGCUCGUGGAAGUGAUAGUAAAGGAGUAGAAGAACUCUACAAAGUCAAAGAGGGCGUAGGGGUAGGUAACAGCAGGCAAAGAUUGUCAACAAAAUUCGGGAGAAUGGAAAGCAGAUAGGUGAACAGUAGGAGGGAUAGCAGAGCAGAGAAGGCUGAAGCCCAAGGUUCAGACAGAGAAAAGUGAAUUUACAUCACAGAACCCUGGCAAGACUCAGAAAUUGGCAGCAUUAGGCACCUUGGAAGGUGACAUGCCAGGUGGAGCUGGACAGGGGGUUGGUUGAGAGUCUACAGAAGAAGUCAGAACCCCCUCCCAUCCCUUCCCCGAGACUUACUCUCUUCAAAGGUUGAAUCCAAGAGCCUUGGGCUCAGGGCUCCAGGCACAAAGGAAGGCUUGGGGCAAACUGCCAAAGACAAAACAGGAGGGUUAAAGAAAGUUACGUGACCCAUCCUCUCCCCUCCCUCGGCUCUGGGAACUCUGAAAUCCAUCCACUUAUGAACAUCCCAGCCCAGCUCCCCAGGCAGGAGACUGGAGAAUCUCUUUCUGGAAAAAAUGACUGGCACAGUAGCAGGGCCAGGACUAGAGCGAGGUGAGUGAGGCAAUCACCUGGCACGCAACACGUAAGGGGGCACCAAAAAACUCCGUCAUCAAGAUGAAUGAUAUUUUAAUGACAUACUUUAAAAAAUCAAAAUUAAUACCAACAUUCCAUGAUGAACGAAACAUCAAGGUUUCAAAUAAAGGCAGCAUCUGACCUUGCGCUUG